GUGUAUGUUCCUCCUCGUCUCUCUAAUCUCUCACGCCCGUGUCCAGCACUCUAGCCUGCCCCUGCACCCUCGACAAGCAACCAGUGUUCGAUCCCUCAUGGUGUCUUUCUUUUUUCUGUCUUUUUCGCUAUAAUCGACAAUGUAAGAUGGAACUGACUCCUCUCCCCCUUCUCUCACCACACGUGAUCCUCUCCCUCCAUCCGCACAACGAGAAACAGAGUCGCCGUGAGUGUGACCAAGCUGCUCCAUGGCCGACAGCACUUCUUCCCCUCCUCCAUGCCCGGCCGCCGCAGUCAAGAGUCGGCCCAAGUGUCCACCUUCAUUGCUCCCGCAUGGCCAGUUUGGGUGUUACCCCAACCCUAGCAGCCACCAUAUCCCCUCCGCCACGCGCCGCGCAGGAUGCCACGCAGGAGAGUGUGGGCGCGGGCGCCAGGAGAGAGAGGGAGGGAGCCUUGGCCUGGCUCAUAGGCCACGGCGGAGGCACAAUUAUGCCCGGGCUGGGAAGCGGCGACGUCGUAUGGAGAUGGUGCACCAUCAUUGCCGCUGCCUUGAGAACCUCUGCAUCGACGCCAUGCUCAGCGUGCCCCAGCUCCUGCCCACGCCGUGGGAGGAGCGGAAGGCCUACAUGGCUACUUAGAUGCCUCGCCACCUCACCGCUCGAUCAGGAUGGAUGGAAUAGGGAAGAGCAAUGGUGGCAGGAAGAGCGAAGAUAUCAACAGGAUGCAGCUUGAACAGGAAGUUGGUGAUAUCUUGAGCCCUGAAUUUACAUUUCACUAUACUAUAAUGGUGUCACCUGAUGUGAAUUACUAACCAUGUGAAAAUUGGACAGUUCAAGAAUUUUUUGAGGCAGCUUGAAGAAUUUUUUGAGGCAGCUUGA